UGGUAUCAUUGUGUUUGUAAAAAAAAAGCACAAUAAUUAUUUGAUUAUAUUCACAUAUUAUUCCUUGUCAAAAGUUUUUUUGUCAACCAAUGUAACAGGUGCGAGCCAAGGCAAGGAAGUCCUUGGUGCAAGCAUUCACGACGUCACGAAUUAGGAUAAAAUUGUAUGAUAAUCCGUUCCUAUUUUUAUAUGGUUUCGCGGGAGAGGCGAUUUAACCACUGAACUGAUUUAUUACGAGUGAGAAAGAGUUGUGAAAGUUGAAAGUAAAAUAGCACGACUUGUUCUGGACCUCUGUAAGUCUGUACCUGUAGCUCUAGAUUAGGCUAUACAUACGAUGCUUUGCGCAUUUUAACGGUUCUGGGGAAAAAAAAGAAAAAUACCUCCCAAAUAUCCUCUGGAAAUAGCUUGCUUCUGCUGAGUGAGUGUGAGGAGCCUGGCCUGAGGAGGUAAGAAGCUCAGAGGCUUUCUAUCUGGGAUCCCCACUGCACACUAUAGAUCUACUAUGCCUCCAAGGAAACGGAAAACUCCAGCCUCAGGCCGCUCAAGGCGUGAUUCCAAUAAUUUAGAUGAGAAAAAGACUCGCAAGGAGCAGAGUGGCAGUAAAGAAACAGUCUUUGAUAAGAAAGUUGCUUCAAAAUCCAAGGAUAAAAGUCCAAACGGAAAAGACAACUCUCCAGUGUACUCUCACUGGCUUGUCAAAUCUGAACCAGAUUCUCGCUUUGAGAAAGGUAUUGAUGUAAAGUUCAGUUUUGAAGAUUUGAAGUCUUCUCCAGACCAAACUGCGUGCUGGGACGGGGUCAGAAACUAUUCAGCUCGAAACUUUCUUCGGGACCAGAUGAAGAACGGCCAUGAUGUGUUUUUUUACCAUAGCAACUGCAAGGAACCUGGAAUCGUUGGGAUUUGCAAAGUAGUCAAAGAAAGUUACCCUGACCACACACAAUUUGAUUCUAAAGACCCGCACUAUGACAGCUCAUGCAAAACAGACAACCCUAAAUGGUUCAUGGUAGAUGUGAAAUAUGUUCGACCUUUAAAGAGAUUCAUAUCUCUUGCUGAGUUGAAGAAGAUCCACCAGGAACAUGCUCGAACUGGGGGCCCAUUGAGCAAAAUGGCGAUGUUCACAAGGGCCAGACUGUCUGUACAGCCAAUUGCCAAUGAUGAAUGGGAUUACAUUCUCACAUUGGAAGACAAAAAGUCAGCAUAAAAUUCUUCACACUGAAUGAGCACUGAUGUAUUGGGCUAGACCUCAAAUUUAAGCUAAAAAACCAUGCUUUUUCCAGUUGGGAAAAGAUUGUAUUUUGUUACUUGAAUGUUG